AUGACCAAGGAGGCGCCACCGACGACGAAGAAGGCCUUUCGCUUCACGGUGUCGUCGUGUGGGCUCACGAGCUUGGCCUCUUUGAGGAGAUCAACGUCCGGGCCACACUCGGACGUUGAUCUCCUCAAAGAGGCCAAGCUCGUGAGCCCACACGACUGUCCGCACGGCCAGACCGCAAAGCGCUGGGAAGAGGUCGCCGAGCACAUGCGUGCGAUCCACGGUGACCUCGUCAGCAUCGUCGGGUGCCGCCGGCGCUUUGACGACCUUCUGACGGCCUUCAAGAACGACACUGUCAACGCACUGCGCGCCUCGGGUACCGAGGAGGACGUCAAGAAGCGCGACGAGCUACUCCACGACAUCGCGGACCUGAUGGACGUCCGAGCGAAGAAGAAGAAGGGGGCAAAGGAAGACAAGGUUGAGAGCGACGGUCAUCGCAUGCGUGCGGCAGCGCUCAAGCGCAAGACGACCGACGGCGACGACCCGGAAGAAGGCGAGAGCGCGGAGUCCAAGAAGAAUAGGAACGAAGGCUUCGGCUCGAUCAAGGACGUGGCCAAUAUCGAAUUGAUGCGCUCUCUCAAAAACAAGCUCUAA